GACUGAACACUGGAAAAGCCGACAGGUCAUUGUGUCCUGGAGCCUUCCUGCACUCGAGGAACUCUUGAGGCUUAAGCAGCUUCUUAAGGAAUGAAGGCAAGCAGGAGAAAUUGAAAGGGCCAGCCUGAAAGGUUUUGCCAGAUACAUGUCUGAAGUGGAGACUUGGAAGAUGUUUUGGGGAAUCAUCUUCCUUGCAGCUGGUUUUGGCUUCAUCAAGUCACAGAGAAUUGCGUGCGGGGAAGCCUCUGCAGGGGACCUCGUGUUUCUGGUGGACUCCAGCGUCCACCCCAAGAACAUGCACAGCAUGUGGAGCUUCUUGAACACCAUGGUCCACGGCUUCGGUGUUAGCAGGGAGGUGGUCCACGUGGGGCUGGCCUGGUACGGCCACGAGCCUCAGUCCGAGUUCCUGCUGUCCCCCUAUGCCUGCAAAGCCGAGGUGCUGAGACACAUGCAGAAGCUCCCCUUCACUCCUGGGGGCCGAAUUGAUCAGGCCCUGCGGUUCCUGCUAGAGCACCACUUACAGGGAGCGGCCGGGAGCUGCGCGAGCCGGGGGAUGGGGGUGGGGGGAUCUCAGGUGGCCGAGGUGGUCAUCGGUGGGCCGGCGGGGCCGCCGGCGCCUUGAGGAGUGCGGCUCCGGCUCCACGCGGUGGGCGUCGGGGCCACGCGUCCCGCCGAGCUCCGGGAGAUCGCCGGCCGGCCCAGGACAUUUGUCACCCAUGUUCCCGACUGCGCAGGCUUGCGCCGGCUUGCCGCAUAGCUGCGCCAGGAUAUCUGUGACACUUUGGCAAGAGUGGCGGCACCUGUGAGCCACAUUUCUCCAGUUUGCAGAGAGGCAGUCCUGGCAGACAUUGUCUUCCUCGUAGACAGCUCAACCAGCAUCGGGCCCCAGAGCUUCCAGAAGGUGAAGAGCCUCUUUCACUCCAUUGUCUCAGGGCUGGACAUCAGCAGCGGCCAGGUCCGAGUGGGACUUGCGCAGUAUAAUGACAGAGUCUACCCGGGCUUUUGGCUGCACCAGCAUCCCCUGAAGAGUGUGGUCCUGAAGCGGAUUCGGAACCUGCCCUACCGGACAGGGGGCACAAACACAGGGAGUGCCCUGGAGUUCAUCAGGACCAACUACUUGACUGAGGCAGCUGGCAGCCAGGGGGAUGGGGUUCCCCAGAUAGUGAUCCUGGUGACAGAUGGGGAGUGCAAUGAUGAAGUCCAGGAGGCAGCUGACAGGUUGAAAUGAGACAGGGUUGUGGUGUAUGUGGUAGGGGUCAACGUCCAGGAUGUCCAGGAGCAGCAAACCAUAGCCAGUGAGCCUCUGGAGAAGUUUCUCUUCAACACUGCAAACUACAACAUCCUGCAGGAUUUCUCAGGAAGCAUCCUCCAGACUCUGUGCUUGGCCAUGGAGGGCAAGAUCCAAGAAUCUACUCAGUGCUAUGCGGAUGUGGUCUUUCUUGCUGACACCUCACAAGACACAUCGCAGACCAGUUUUGAGUGGAUGCAGAAUUUCAUCUCUGGAGUGGUGCGCAUGCUGGAUGCUGGCAGGGACAAGUACCAGAUUGGUCUGGCUCAGUAGGGUGGCCAGGAUCACACUGAGUUUUUGCUCAACACUUACCAGACCCAGGAUGAGAUGAUGAUUCACAUUCAUGGACACUUUGUGCUCCGGGGAGGCUCCAGGAGGACAGGCAAAGCUCUGCAAUACCUUCACUGGACCUUCUUACAGGAGGCAAUGGGAAGCCAGUUUCUCCAGGGCAUACCCCAGUAUGCCAUGGUCAUCACUUCAGGCAAAUCUGAGGAUGAGGUCCACGAAGCUGCGCAGACAUUGAGGGAGAAAGGCAUGCAAGUCGUGUCUGUGGGUGUUCAAGACUUUGACAGUAGAGAAUUAGAGGCGGUGGGGACCCCACCCCUUGUGUAUGAUAUGCAAGGGAAAGAUGGGGUUAGAGAGGUGAUACAGGAUGUGAGUGGAGUGAUCCAAGGCACUGGGCAGCUCGAGACCAAGCAGGAAGCCAAGACGGAGCCUAUAGUAGAGUGUCUGACUGCUAUCCCGGCUGACUUGGUAUUCCUCAUUGAGGAAUUUAGCAGGGCUCAGCAAUCGAAUUUCCAGCAAGUUGUCAGUUUCUUAAAGACCACCAUCAGAUCUCUCAGUGUUCAUCUGGAUGUCGUGCAGGUUGGCUUGGUCUUCUACAGCGAGGAACCAAGACUUGAGUUUUCUCUGGAUGCAUUUCAGAAUCGAGUCACAAUCUUGGAGCAUCUGGACAAACUAACUCAUGGGGGAAGAGCAGGACAGACUAAGACUGGUGUUGUGUUGGAUUUCUUAAGGAAUGAGGUUUUCAUCCAGGAGAAGGGCAGCUGGUCCCAGCAAGGUGUGCAGCAGGUAGUCGUGGUCAUCACGGCAGGCUCCUCCCAAGACAAUGUGUCCAGACCGGCUUCCCUCCUCCACAAGGCAGGGGUGACCAUCUAUGCAGUGGGCUCCCAGCUCACCUUGGAGAGCAUGGACCUGGAAAAGAUAGCAUCAUAUCCCCCUUGGAAGCAUGUCAUCCUCCUGGAAUCUUUUUUGCAACUUGCUGUUGUGGGAAGCAAGAUUAAGAACCAGCUCUGUCCUGAGUUUCCUUGUCCCACGCCCUCUCCCAUGCCGUUCUGACGGCUUGCUGCUGCUUCUUCUUGCCUAGGCUGUGUGCACAUCGAGAAAGCAGACAUUUACUUCCUUAUUGACGGGUCUGGCAGUAUCCACCAAGACGACUUUCUCACGAUGAAGGUGUUCAUGAAUGAGGUGAUAAGGAUGUUCCACGUUGGACCCGACAGAGUCCAGUUUGGAGUCGUUCAGUACUCGGACGAAGUCAGUCCUCAGUUUACCCUCAGCCAGCACUCCAGUGUGGCGGGGCUGGAGGUAGCCGUUGACAGCAUCCAGCAGAAGGGAGGGGGCACCAAGACGGGUGAGGCCCUGGGCAGCAUGAUCCAGGUCUUUGCAGACUCUGCUCGCAGCAACGUGCCUUGGUAUCUCAUCGUUGUCACUGACAGCCAAUCUAUGGACCCGGUGGCUGAUGCUGCAGAGGCGCUGAGGGGCCAUGGAGUCACCAUUUAUGCAGUUGGAGUCAGAGAUGCUAAUAUUGCUGAGCUUCAAGAGAUUGCUGAAGACAGAAUGUUUUUCGUGCAUGAUUUUGAGUCCUUGAAGGCCAUCCAACAAGAAGUGGUGCAAGACAUCUGUUCCUCAGAGACCUGUAAGAAUAGGAAAGCUGACAUUAUCUUCCUGAUGGAUGGUUCAGAAUCCAUCUCUCCAAAAGACUUUGAAAAGAUGAAGGAAUUCAUGAAGCGAAUGGUCAACCAGUCUAAUAUUGGUGCUGAUGAGAUUCAGAUUGGCCUUCUGCAAUUCAGCUCAGACCCCCAGGAAGAAUUCAGGCUCAACCAAUACUCCUCAAAGGUGGACGUUCACAGAGCCAUCUCAGACGUUAAGCAAAUCAACGGUGGCACAUACACUGGGAAAGCUCUGAACUUUACUCUGCCUUUUUUUGGGAGUUCAAGAGGAGGGAGGCCCAGCGUCCAUCAGUAUUUGAUUGUAGUCACUGAUGGGGUCUCCCGGGACAAUGUAGCUAUACCAGCCAAGGUCCUGAGGGACAGAAACAUAAUUAUUUUUGCCAUUGGGGUGGGUGAAAUCGAAUUCUCUCAGCUUUUGGAGAUCACUAACGACCAGAGCAAAGUGUACUAUGAAGAAAAAUUUGAGUCCCUGCAAAAUCUGGAGAAGGAAAUUCUUUACCAGGUUUGCAUUCCACAAGGAUGCAGUGUAGAUUUGUCUGUAGCAAUUGAUCUCUCCACUCCCACGAGGCAAGUUCAGCAGAGGCUUCGAGGGUUAUUGCCAGAGCUGAUGCAGGAGCUGGCUGUGCUUCCCAAUAUUAGCUGUGAUGUUACAGGCCAGACCAACGUGAUGCUCCGCUACCUGGUUCCCAGCUCAAAGGGCCAGCUCAUCUUUGACUCAGGAUUUGAAAAAUACAGUGAUGAGACCAUUCAGAAGUUCUUGAUUCACCAGAUUGCGAGAAGCAACCAUAUGGAUGUGCAUUUUUUGCAGUCCCUGGGAGAGAGUGCUAUCUGUCUGUCUUCUGCCAAUGUGAAGGUCCUGCUAGUGUUUACAGAUGGACUGGAUGAUGAUUUAGAGAAACUGAAGGAAGUAUCUGAGCUUCUCCGCAGCAAAGGAUUCUCUGGACUCCUGACUAUUGGCCUGGAAGGCGUCCAUAAAUUAGAGGAGCUCCAGGAGCUAGAAUUUGGCAGAGGAUUUGCGUAUAAUCAACCUCUGAGCAUCACACUGCACAGCCUUCCGAGCAUCUUACUGAAGCAACUUGACACAAUUGUAGAAAGGACAUGCUGCAAUAGGUAUGCAAAGAGCUUUGGAGGGGACGGACACAGAGGUGAUGGUGGGAGCCCAGGGGGAAAGGGAGAGAGGGGUUCUGAUGGGUUACCUGGUUACCCUGGUGAAGAAGGUAGUCUUGGAGAAAGAGGCCCCCGAGGCCUUUCUGGACCCCGAGGUGAGGAAGGUUGCUGGGGUGCACGAGGCCCUAAGGGAGCAAGAGGAUUUUCAGGAGAAAAAGGCAACCCUGGUGAGGAGGGUGUUGACGGCUUGCACGGAGACCAGGGUGAUCGUGGAGUCCCAGGGUCACCAGGAGAAAAAGGGAAUCGAGGAAAUAGGGGCUUGAUGGGACCACCUGGACAACGUGGAGAGCGUGGAGAGCCUGGGCUGAGGGGAGAUCCUGGGAAUCCUGGAAUUGAUAGUCCCAUCCAAGGCCCUGAGGGAGAAAAAGGAAGGCGUGGACGCCAGGGAAGUUCCAGUACUGAUGGACCUCCAGGGGAAAUAGGGAAUGUUGGCCCUCAGGGUUCAAGAGGAAGACGAGGCCUGCCAGGGCUGAAGGGUGUGCGUGGAGAAUCUGGUGAAGAGGGUUUCCAAGGAGAGCUGGGGUCUCCAGGUUCACAGGGACCAAGAGGAAGGCGAGGCCCACCAGGAAGUCUUGGAGAAAAAGGCUUAGUGGGUGCUCAGGGGAAUCCUGGGCCUCCAGGCCCAAAUGGUUCAAAAGGAAAAGAUGGACGGAGGGGAAUGAAGGGAGAGCUUGGUGAUGUAGGAGAAAGAGGACCGCCAGGUCUACAAGGAUCAGGAGGGCAACCUGGUCUUCCCGGUCCAGAGGGAUAUGGACAUCCAGGAAGAAAAGGAACAAAGGGUGAACCUGGAUUUCCUGGCUACCCUGGUGCACAAGGAGAAGAUGGUGACCCAGGCCACCGAGGAGAGAAGGGGGCAAAGGGACUCAGAGGGAAGAGGGGUAAUGCUGGACUUCCUGGAUUUGCUGGAACUCCAGGUGACCCAGGCCCUCCAGGACCAGUGGGCAUCAAGGGUCCCAAAGGUGUGGUAGAUAUGAUGCCUUGUGAAAUCAUCAAGUUCGCUCGUGAAAAUUGUCCCUGUUCAGCAGGUGUUUCUAAAUGCCCAGCGUUCCCAACCGAGGUGGUCUUCGCCUUGGACACAUCAGAUGACGUCUCCCGGUUGGAUUUUGAGAGGAUGAGAGACAUUUUACUGUCUCUGCUGAUGAAGAUGGAAAUCAGUGGGAGUAACUGCCCUGUGGGUGCACGGGUGGCCAUUGUCUCCUACAGCAACAGAACCGAUUACCUGGUUCGCCUCUCUGACCGCAAGGUGGGGCCCGCGCUGCUGCGGGCGGUCAGGGGGCUGUCGCUGGCAGGGUCAUCUGGCAGCCGGCGCCUUGGGGACGCCAUGAGGUUUGUGGCUAGACACGCUUUCAAGCGCGUGCGUGCAGGCCGUCUCCUGAGGAAGGUGGCAGUGUUCUUCCAGGCGGGCCCGACCCCGGAUGCAGGUUCUAUUAGCACCGCCAUGCUAGAGCUCAGUGCGCUGGACAUCACUGCUGUGGUUAUCACCUUCACGGAGGACCACAACCUCCCGGAUGCCCUGCUGAUGAAUGGAAGCAACAGAUUUCAUCUGUAUGCCUGGGAGACAGAGAGCCAGCAGCAUGUGGAACGCAUGGCCCGCUGCACCCUCUGCUAUGAUCAGUGCCUCCCGGCCCCGGAGUGCGGGCAGGGCAGGCCCGGGCCUCUGCAAGUGGAUGCAGACAUCGCCUUCGUGGUGGACGGCUCCCGUGGCGUGGGCGCCGACCUCUACCGUGUAGCCUUGACCCUGGUGGACGCCGUGCUCGACGAGCUGGAGGUGUCUAGGCAGCCGAGCACGUCUCCCCAUGGAGCCCGCGUGGCCCUGGUGACACACACGACCCCCAGCUUCUGGCCUGGAGAGGGGAGGUCCCCCGUGCUCGAGGGCUUCCACCUGACUGCGUAUGGCCACCGGGCACAGAUGCAGAGGAGCAUCCGCGAGGCUGCAGGCCACCCCCUGCGGGGAGCGCCGGCCCUGGGCCAUGCCCUGGAGUGGACGCUGGAGAAGGUGCUCCUGGCCGCCCCGCUGCUCCAGAGGGCACAGGUCCUCUUUGCCAUCGUGGCCAGUGAGACCAGCAGCUGGGACCGGGAGAAAUUAAGGACUCUGUCCCUGGAGGCCAAGUGCAAGGGCAUCACUCUGUUUGUGCUGGCCUUGGGCCCGGGCGUGGGGACCCGUGAGCUGGCAGAGCUGGUCCACCUGGCCAGCUCUCCCUCAGAGCAGCACCUGCUACGCCUAGAAGGGGUCUCAGAGGCAGAGGUGGCUUAUGCCCUGAGCUUCACGCGGGCCUUCCUGAACCUCUUAAAAAGUGGCACUAAUCAGUACCCACCUCCAGAGCUCAUUGAAAAGUGUGGGGGCCCAAGCCGAGGGGACACCCUGCUGCAACACAUCUUGCCUGUCAAGAGGUUGCCCAAGCGCCAGUUUGGCAAAUCUGGCCUUACUGAUGAUUUGGAAGCACUCGAAGCAGCAGGCUCUUUUCGAGAGGAGAAUAGAGAAGCCACAAUGACGUCUAUCACUCAGCAAGAAGCACUUGAGAAUUAUGAAAAGAGUGGCUAUGAUGCUGAAGAAAAUCAUCAAAAAGAUCCAGCAAAACUGAAAAAAACUGGAAAAGAAAGAAAUUCGGGCAAUGUCUAUGAUCCUUGUUCCCUGGCUCCAGUGAAAGGAGAGUGCCAGGAUUAUGUCCUGAAAUGGUCCUAUAAUCAGAAGGAACAGGCUUGCCGACAAUUCUGGUAUAGUGGCUGUGGGGGCAAUGCCAACCGGUUCGAGACCAAGGAAGCGUGUGAAGCUCAAUGUGUUCCAGUUUCCCUGUAGAGUCAGGAGGAGCCUCAGCACUGCUGCCUCUGUCUUAAAAACUCAUGGAAUGGAGAUUACCUUUCCUGAGACAGAGCCACACAGCUCAGAAGUGAUGAAGCCCACACCACAACCUCAGAGUUUGGACCCCUCAACCUGUGAAGUGUUUUCUGCCAACGAGGGCUUGGGCCAGAUGAUUUGUGAAGGACUGCACUCUGGUAGUUUAAAAAAAAAAAAAGGGAUUGAAACUUUCCUGAAAAUUCUUUCAAUGAUUUAAAAACUGCGUAAAAAAGAAACUUGACAUUACCUAAAAUUUUUCUUGGCCUGGUAGCAAAAAGAAAUUUUUCUUGACAUUGUAAGUAAAACCUCAUUUGGAAAUGAGUUGAAAUGAUAUCCUUUUUUAUCAUUAAGACAGCAUGGAAGCAUUAGUUCAAGGGGGGAGCGGGUCUUAAAAAGGGAUAGCUAAUGUGAAAUUUCAUCCUUAUUACCUAGUGUAAGAAUAAAGGCAUUCUUGGUUAAACCACGUGGUGUGAGACGAUAUAUGAUACCACUCACUGUGCUCUGUGUUAUACUGUGUGAAGUAGCAAUAGAGGGAAAGGAAACAGCAGUGAGUUUGUGAUGGGCUGGAUCCAUUGACAUCAACUACAAUGACUUUUCUCCACCAAAAUUUGGGGAAUAGGCAAUUCAGGUGACCUUGUCAAUACAUAUAUGGGAUGAAGGAUCUAGGUUCACCCUGCAGAAGGAAUUUUGCAAUAUGGU